AUAAACCUCUCAGCAACAAGGCUGUGUCAACCCAAUACACUUCAGGAACUGGAUUGGGAAAGAUGACCUGUUAUAAUGACCUCUCAUGAAUCUAUAUAAGACUCUGCAAGCUACCUCAGAGUUUGGAUAUUAACUAAGGGGACUACUAGAUCUGUUUGUGUGAGUGCUGCAACCAUGUCACAGCCAGCUCCUGUCAAAAAGAAGCGCCCUCCAGUGAAGGAAGAAGACCUUAAAGGGGCUAAGGGAAAGCUCUCUAGCAACCAGGAAAUCAAAUCCAAAACUUACCAGGUCAUGAAGCAGUGUGAGCAAGCUGGCUCGGCAGCUCCAUCUGUAUUCAGCCGAGAUCGCACAGGAGGCGAAACAGUCUUUGAUAAGCCUAAAGAAGAGCCUGCAAAGAGCGUCUUUGGCUGACUGCCAAGUCCAAAAGCUGAGCGGAAUAUUCUUCAUGUAGUACUUAACCCCUUGUUUUGCUUUCACGUGCACCAGUCUUAUUACAGCCCCAUUAACUUAAUUGUUUUAAUAAUUAGCAAGAAAGCUUGCAUUGCAAAAUAAGCUUCUUUUUAUACUUUGUUUCUGUGGGGGGGUUUCUACCCCCUCCCCUCCGCUAGACAUGUUGUGAGUGAUUCAAGUUGGGUGGUAAGCCCCCGGGUGCGGACUGGUACCAUAAUGACCAAUUUUGUUGCAUGCUUAUUUCUGUUGCAGAGCUGCACCCCAGUUCCAGUUGUGCUCUUCAUAUUGAUGUGCAGAACCAAUAAAGCGUGGUGGAUUUCA